AACAGGGCUAAGGUUUUAUCGGCGCAUGGCAGACCCAGCCCACUCCUCCUCCUAAAACCCUACCACUCCAUUUGUUUCCUCCCAUUUUCAUUCUAUUGCAGAAGCACACACCUACUAAAAAAAAAACAAAAAUGCUUAGAAUCACAAGAACUCAACAACCACUCCAGUCCCUAACCCACCAAUUCCUCCAACGUUGUUCUGUAAGUGGAACGUCGAAAGGAAAAGGCAAAGAUGGGGUAGCGAAGAAGCGCUCUAAAGUAACAACGAACAAGAACAAAAAAUCAGGCUCUCAAGAUCCUUCUAGAUCAUUUUCGCGUCAAGACUCUGAGAGGAACCGUCUUUAUGACCAAUGCAUCAACGCACCAGCCCCAGUUCGUUACUUAAAGCCCAAAGACCGUGCCCGUGAAGCAGAAAGAGAAAAAUUGGGACUUCUAAGCAAAGACAGGAUUCGCGAAAAGGAGAUUUUAAAGAAAGGUGGAAGGCAAGCUAUGGGUGUUCCUGAUGAGCCCAUGAUUAUUGGGACUCCUGGUUUAGAUUUGAUUUCUUUAGGUUUGGUUGAUGUCGAUAAGAUACCAAAAUAUGAGUUGACUGAGGAGGAUGGGAUGAAACUGGCCAAGGAGUACAGUAGGGUGUUGAUGAGAAAGCAUAGGGCCAGACAGGCUGCUUUGACUAAUUGCUUGAAGUGUAAGAACGAGGCUAUUGAGGCUUUACCGGAGAAUUUGAAGAAGGCCGCCUUGAUACCGGAUCUAACGCCUUUUCCUGCGAGUAGUUUCAUGGCUACUUUGACUCCACCCAUUGAAGGGUAUAGUGAGAAAAUUAAUGAGGCAGCGAAGAAGAGUGCUGGGAUGCAAAAGAUUAGAUAGACAGAUGGAUGUGAUUCAUUAAGGUGGGGCUGUCUAGCAAGAAACAGAGUGAUUUCUAUGAACCAUGUUAGAAACAGAAACCUUAUUUUGUGGUCUCAUGAAAACAUUGAAGCACUGAAGACUGAUGCAAUGAUUAGGUUGAAUCUAGAACUGCUUUUGGUGUUUCAGUAAUUUUCAACUUCAUACAGUUGACAUUUUGUCUUCUUUUUGACUUUCUGCCUUGAUUCUGGCUUGAAUUUGAGUUAAUCAAUUUAAAUGUAAAAUGUAAUUGUAUGUUAAACUUUGGUCCGGGCUCACUUGUUCGGAUAUUGGUGAAGUUUGUGGUUCUCCUCGUCAAUAAAUGUUAUUUCAGCUCGCCUUA